AUUAAAUAGAACAACCAUGGCUAACAAAGUUUCUGUUAUUGGAAGCGGUAAUUGGGGCACAACAAUUGCAAGAAUGGUGGGAACAAAUUGUGCAGAGAAGAGUUCUUUGUUCGAGAAGAAAGUUAACAUGUGGGUUUUUGAAGAGAAAAUUCAAGUGGACGGAAAAGAAUAUAAGUUGACCGAGUAUAUCAACCAACAUCACGAAAAUGUUAAAUAUCUCCCGGGAACGAAAUUACCCGAUAACGUUGUCGCUGUUCCUGAUGUCAAAGAUGCUAUUGCGGGAUCCAACAUCCUGAUUUUUGUGCUGCCACACCAGUUCGUGAAAGGGACCUGUGAAUCAAUCAAAGACUUAGUUCGCAAAGACGCAUUCGCCAUCUCCCUUUGCAAAGGUUUCGAAGUGACGGAGAAUGAUCUGAUCAUGAUUUCAGAUGUAGUUAAGAACACUCUAAACAUCAGUUGCGGGGCCUUAAUGGGAGCAAAUCUUGCCAAUGAGAUCGCUAUGGAGCAGUUUGCAGAAGCUACUAUAGCCACCAAAGACGAGUCACAGGGGCGCAUCUUCCAGCAGGUGUUCAACAGGCCCUUCUUCAGGUGUGCGUGGGUGGAUGACGUCACUGCUGUCGAGUGCUGUGGAGCCCUGAAGAACAUCAUUGCCCUGGGUGCUGGCUUCGUAGAUGCUUUGGGCAUGGGCAACAAUACCAAGUGCGCCAUCAUCAGACUUGGGCUGAUGGAAAUGAUGGCUUUCGCUGAGGAGUUCUAUGGCUGCAAGAACAGAAGUGUGUUCUUCGAGAGCUGUGGUAUUGCUGACCUCGUGACCACGUCCUACGGAGGCAGACACACUAAACUGGGCAAGCUAUUCGUCACAACUGGAAAGAGCUUUGAGGAACUAGAAAAAGAACAUCUGAAUGGUCAGAAACUGCAGGGUCAUCAGACCGCAGAGAAAGUGUAUAAGAUGUUGGAGGCGAAAGGUCCUGCAGAUGUAGAGAAGUACCCUCUAUUUGCUGCCAUCCACAGAGUCUCACAACGACAAAUGAAAGCAGACCAGAUAUUUGAGUGUCUUCAAAACCACCCUGAACACAUGUAGAUAACUCACGAAGACAGAACCCCAAAUUAUGUCACAAUCACUAAACUGUAAAAAUUAUAAAAUUUAACUAAACUACAAGAGCAAGAGCUGAUCUAGAUUUUUGAGGUAAGUAGUUUUAUCAGAUUUUGUGUACAGUUUUAUAUUACUUUGCUGUCACCAAAUUAAACAUAGAAAGAGGAAACGCCGUGGUUUCUCUGUUGAUUAAAUACAUUUUUUUGUAAAAGGGCGAGCCCUAUCUUUUUAUCAGUCGUAAAAUUUGCGGAGUGAAAAUAUAUUUGAAUUCGGCUCCUGCUCUUAAUGAUAACAAAUGCACAGGUCUGCGACCGUUGAAUUGCUUAAUAAGGAAAUACAACAGUGCCGAAGUGCAAAAGUGCCGAAAAGGAAAACGUUGUUCAAAAGUGCCGAAAAUUAUUCUGAGUGCUGCUUUUACUGAUCCCAAAUCACUGACUAGAAAAUUUAUUCAAAUCGACGGAAGU